UCCGAAUGAUGAGCAAGUCACGAUCCAUCGUCACUAGCUGUUUUACUUACCAUCCUGAUUUCACCAUGUGAUACCUUUCUUGUCAGCAUUCUCUGGAGUUUUGUGCCUUUCCUAUAUCCAGCAACAGCAUCGUAUUCAUUUGCGUCAGCUCCUGACAUGAAUUUACUCUCACAUCUGCGCCUCAUCAACGAACACAAUGUACGCACACUUCGCAACUCGCCGCUUGCCGAAACGGCGGGCUCGCUGGGAGAUCUGGGGACUCUGUUGCCACUGAUGAUAGCCAUGGCUGUCAAUGGAUCCAUCGAUCUUGGAAGCACCUUGGUGUUCUCAGGGCUCGCAAACAUACUGACUGGAGUGUACUUUGGGAUACCUUUACCAGUACAACCUAUGAAGGCCAUAGCAGCAGUGGCGAUAUCGCAAGGCUUUAGCAAAGAGGAGACUGCUGCUGCUGGUCUGGCGAUGGGUGUGGCAAUCUUCGUGUUGAGUGCUACUGGCUUGCUCAAAUGGCUGCACCGGGUAGUACCAGUCAGUGUUGUGAAAGGCAUUCAGGUUGGAGCAGGACUAAGCUUGGUGAUAAGCGCUGGGAGCAGCCUCAUCAAGCCGCUAGGCUGGGCAUCUCCAGCACUAGACAACCGUGUCUGGGCCAUCGCGGCCUUCAUCUUCCUUCUGGUCGCUGCACUGAUUCCACGGAUACCCUAUGCGCUUCUGGUUUUCCUGUUUGGGCUCAUCGUUGCGGCGAUUUCGACCAAGAACGAUCACCACGAAGCAUUUGCUGCUAUAAUCUGGCAUCCUUCACCGUUCGUCCCAUCUGGCAAGGCUUGGAGUACCGGCAUCGUCGAGGCCGCAGUUCCACAGCUGCCGCUGACCACGCUGAACAGUGUCCUUGCUGUAACUUCACUUGCCGCAAGUCUAUUUCCCUCAUUCCCGCCGACACCAAGCACCACUUCAAUUGGCUUCUCGGUUGCAUUUGCGAAUCUCGUCGGGUGCUGGUUUGGAGCGAUGCCGGUGUGUCACGGAUCUGGAGGGUUGGCAGGGCAGUAUCGUUUUGGCGCAAGAAGUGGCUCCAGCAUCAUAUUGUUGGGUCUGGUGAAGCUGGUGCUCGGACUCUUUGCUGGCAAUGCAAUCAUCCCAACAUUGCAACAAUUCCCGAAAAGUUUACUUGGUGUCAUGGUUCUCGCUGCGGGAGUAGAGCUUAGCAAAGUCGGGCAGAAUGUAGGCGAAGCAAGAGAUCUAUGGGAGCAAGCUGAAGAGGAUCACGCAAAUGACCGGGCGUCAAGGAAAUCACGACAGGCCACUGAACAGGAAAGCAAAGAUCGAUGGACAGUGAUGCUCAUUACUGUGGCAGGUUGUCUGGCCUUUAAGAACGACGCUGUCGGCUUCCUGGCUGGUCUUCUGUGGCAUUGGGGUUUGAAGCUACCUCAAGUGAUUGAGCGCAUCCGGUCCAGUCGCCGAUCCGUAAGACUGGAAGAGGUAGAACGGCAAGAUGGACUGGUCUCAUAACACAAAGGGACUUCAAUGACCUCCGGAGUACAGACUCCGAGAUGGUCGACGCGUUGCUACUCGCUGCCGAGAACAUGUGGAGGAGGAUCCCGAAGAAACCUGCUUUUUCACAAAUCUUUGGCGCCCUUCGCAAUUUUUGCGCCAGCCCUGCGUACGACCCUGAACACUUUCAUUUGACCUGACGUCCUGAGGAGCCGACUCGCAGAGCCUCACGAUAUCACGAUGAUGCCAAUGAUGCCAAUGUGCAGAAGUGGAGUACUCUUCGGCCUCAUUCCGGUAUCCGAGAAGAUCGCGCCUUGUGUAUCGAUCGCUCGAGGCCACAACAUGUAUCGCUCGAUGAAACGCUGCUCGCCUCGUUGCUUCGAAUGCUUGAAGGUAUGCAAGCCUGAGGACUCAGACGUUUGUUGAAUAGGUCGCUAUAAGAGUCCACCAAAUCGUAAGUCCUGCCACCACAGCCAGACUCAAAGCAAGACAAGCACAAAAAGCUUGAUGACAAGCUCAGUAGACUCGAUGACAAGCAACGUCUUGUCGAAGCAAAGUACUCUUGGCUUGAGAUGCGGCCCACAGUCAACAUCACUCCAUGCUUUGUGAUGUCAACUCGCACAUUCUCAAUGACCCGCAGGGGAACACAUAUCUCCGUUGACCAAACAUAUCUCAGCAGCCCAAAUUUUUGCUAGCGGC